AUGACAGACAAUAACACGUUCCCUGGGUCGUCACAGGCCUUGAAUUUUUGUAAAAAUGUCUUCUCUCGUGCUUUAAGAAGUUCAAAUAAUGUGCCUCGUCAUAUAGGUUUGAUUAUGGACGGAAACCGGCGUUGGGCUAAGCGCAAGCACGUUGAGAUCAAGGAGGGCCACAGCGCUGGGUUUCAUAGCAUGAGCAGAGCACUGGAGCUUUGUUAUGAGGCUGGAGUCAAUACCGCGACGGUGUUUGCAUUUUCCAUAGAAAACUUUAGAAGAAGUGCGAUCGAAGUGGACUCAUUAAUGAAUUUAGCAAGUAGCGGUAUCAGGCAAGUUGUUCAGAAUGGGGAAAUGGCUGAAAAAUUUGGUGUCCGAAUCAACAUUAUUGGAGACAGAUCCUUGCUACCCGAGGAUGUACUGCGAGAGGUGGAAGCGGCGGAGAAAAUUACAAAAGACAACACCAGAGCUGUACUAAAUUUAUGUUUUCCUUACACAGGACGGGACGAGCUGCUUCAGAGCAUUAUAAGAACCAUUGAUAAGACCCAGAAUAAAGAACUAAAUUUUACCAAUAUAGACGAGGCGGUGAUAGACGAGAAUUUAUACACAGGAGGGUCUCCUCCAGUGGAUCUGCUGAUUAGAACUAGUGGGGUGACCCGUUUAAGUGAUUUUCUGCUCUGGCAAUUGAGUCGAAAAGGAGUAGUUAUAGAGUUUUUGGAUUGUCUGUGGCCCGAUUUUGGCUCUCGGCAAAUGGCAUGGAUUUUACUCAAAUUUGCAUACAAGAAAUUUUAUUCAGCUUCAGAACCAGAACUCGACGAGGAAAUUGAAGGCCAAGGGGAUUCUUACUCUAAAAGCAAGCAGUUUUAA